AAACCAUCAUGAAGUUUAAUAUUCUAGCUUUAGCAGCUGCCGUAGCUGCUUCGCCUUUACAACGUCGUUAUGGGGAUCUCAUUAGAGGUGUUAAUAUCGGCGGUCUAUUCGUACUUGAACCUUGGAUUACUCCUUCAGUCUUCGAUCAAACAGGAAAUCCAGCUAUCGUAGACGAAUGGACAUUUGGACAGUACCAGGACCAUGCACAAGCUGAAUCUGCAAUAAACAGCCAUCUGGAGACUUUCUUCACUUAUGACGAUUUCCAACAAAUCAAGAAUGCCGGCCUUACUCAUGUCAGAAUUCCAGUCGGGUUUUGGGCCAUUGAGACACAAGGAGAGCCGUACAUAGUCGGAAACAGGUUAAAUAAGCUUAAAGAGGUCGUCAGGUGGUGUCGCGAUAUUGGCCUCAAAGUUUGGAUCGAUCUUCACGGUGCACCUGGCUCUCAGAACGGAUUAGAUAACUCGGGUUUACGUACGAACAAUGUACAAUGGCACACAGACCAAAACAAUGUCGAUCGCUCUUUGUCUUACAUUCAAACUCUCACUGAUGAGUUCACAAAACCUGAAUACGGUGCUAUUGUUGAGGCUAUCGAGCUUCUCAAUGAACCACAAAGUGCAACACACCCGGAAAUGCUUGGUACUCUCAAGUCUUUUUACCAAAAUGGCUAUGGUAUCGUCUCUCAAAAGGCAGCAACUGCUAUUCAUGACGGCUUCCUCGAUGUUAAUCAAUGGAACGACUUCUUGACUUCUCCACAGGAAAAUGUCUACCUUGAUACGCACAAGUAUCAAGUCUUCUCAGACCAACAAUUGCAAAGCAGUGAUGAGCAACGCACGGGUGCAAUUUGUCAAUUCAAAGAUAAAUUUGCAGAGCACACAGCCAAUCAACACUGGGUUAUCACCGGAGAGUGGUCUUUAGCUACUACUGAUUGUGCCAGAUACCUGAAUGGCAGAGGUAUUGGUGCUCGUUAUGACGGAUCCUACUCUGGCUCUUCAUAUGUCGGUAGCUGUCAAGGUAAGACCGGUGACGGAAGCGAUUGGAGUGAAGAAUACAAGAACCAACUUCGUCAGAUGUGGAACACACAAGUUGAUGCCUUUGAAGGUGGUAGGGGAUACUUUUUCUGGACUUGGAAGAACGAGGAAGCCGCAGAUUGGUCAUACCAACGUCUUCUUCAACUGGGUAUCAUCCCUCAAGAUCCAAAUUCAUACCAGCACGGAAUUUGCGGAUAAGCUAGUUUUUUUUUUCUGAUCUAAUGGUAGUUCGGAAGCACAUUUCUUUUUUUCGUUGUAAUGAAUCGGAUGUCAAUUG